CCAAAGUUACCAUUAUUGACUUCAUAAGAGGAAAGCUUUUUUAUGUUUGAAGAAAAUAUGAAUUGAUUUUGGGGAAUAGGGUUUAUGGGACGAUGAUUUCAGGUGGAGGAGGAAGAAGUUCAUCGUCAUCAUGGGCACCGACGACCUCAGUUUCAGCUUCGGGAAAAAGAAUUCAAAGGGAAAUGGUUGAACUCAACAACGACCCUCCUCUUCAUUGCUCUGCUGGUCCCAAGGGUGAUAACCUCUAUCAUUGGAUCGCCACCAUUAUUGGUACCCCAGGUACACCUUACCAAGGUGGCAUAUUCUUCCUUGAUAUAAUAUUUCCAACUGAUUAUCCUUUUAUGCCUCCCCAGGUAGUCUUCAAAACUCGCAUUUACCACUGUAAUGUAGAACCUGAUGGCCGAGUUAGUAUUGGAAUAUUGAAGGAUGGUUGGAGUCCAGCACUAACAAUUUCUAAGGUGCUACUUGCAGUUAGAUCAAUUUUGACAAAUCCCGACCCUUAUAAUGCUGUUGUUCCUGGCAUUGCUCACUUAUAUUUGGGAGACAGAGCAAAACAUGAUGAUAUCGCUGCAGAGUGGACUGUCCGAUUCGCCAAGUGAAUAUUUAUAUAAGAAUCAAUUGAUUGGCUUGACAGAAUAAUGUUAGCAGUUUUACAAUCUUUCUAAUGUGUGCUUUAUUAUCAUAUGAAUUUCAUUGCAUUGGAAAGAGUUUGUUGUAUAGUUUGCCGUUAACGUUUUUCUACAUCUUAUAUAUCAUGUUCCAGUAUUUAUGUAAA